UUUGCGUGUCUCUGUCGAAGCUGCGCGUCUCGCUUAGUCACCUUUGAAUCCGCGAAAGGAUGAGAAGCUUUACUUUCGUUUUCGGAGGCCAGACUGCAUACACGAGGGGCUCUUGUGGCGCUUGUUUGCUUGGGAAAGUGAAUCUGACUGAGAGGCACUCUACUAACCACAAAUCUUUCAUUCGGCGUCGAAUCGAACCAUAUUUCCCUCUGCACUUGAACGCAACGGGAGUUCACCUUACGUUGCUUUGAAGCAUAUAGUUGCCUCUUAUACUGAAAGGCGUCAGCAGCUCAUCCUUGAGAGAGAGAGUCUUGUCUUUUUUCACCCAUCAGCGCGAUGGACAGCAGCCCGGUCUACCCCGCCACCACCAUCUCCAACGGAAGCAGCACCUGGUUCAUACUCCCCAAUAAACUUCUGUGCUGGAAGCGGGCCGCCGUCAAAGUCGUGCAAGUGGUGUUCUCUCUGGUGGCCUUCAUCCUGGAGGAGACGGUCACCAGCUGCAUCAAUUGCAGCCCGCUGUAUUUCUUUGAGUUCAUCAGCUGCUCGGCGCUCCUCUUCACGCUGCUGCUCCUCGCGCUGCUGUCCACUCAGCUGCACGAAAAAGUUGGCUUCACCUACUGGCCACAGCUGGACUUUGUCUACACGGCCCUCACCGCUCUGCUCUUCUUCAUCAGCUCCGCCCUCUUUGCUGCCAGCAACAGUGGUAGGAGCGUGGAGGUCGCCGCCGUGGUGUUUGGCUUCCUGGCGACGGCGGCGUUCGCCUGUGAUGUCGCACUGACCUUGAUGACUUCUGGUUUACCGUUUAAGAAUCAGGCGCCAGGCAAGCCUGCCGGAAACGGACCAGCAGCAGAGCCGUCACCUGAGACCGAAGAGCUCGCCCCCAGCAAUGUCUAACCGCCGUCUGUUACGUGCUGUGUGCUUUAGCUCCGCCCCCAACCAUGUCGCUCCUCAGCUUGGACUGUCAGUCUCUUGAGCCUCAUGAGCUUUAGCUCGGCAAGGAAGACUGUUUUUAUUCAAGUUUUAAAUCACAGUCGGACCGUGAUGCUGUCACUUCGGGCUCAUCCAGACUUGUAUUUAUUUCCUGCUCCUUGUUACGUAAACGCUGCAGCAAGGUUCCACUGAAACAUCCACUGUCACAGUUUAACAUCCUGAAAAUGAAGUUGUGACGUAUUUCGGUGGGUCUUCUCUCGCUCUUGUUUUGUUCUGUUAACUUAACCAGUGUCUUGUGGGAAAUAUGCCAAUCGUCUCAAAUCAUAAGUUAUGUUGAUGAUUGAUAAAUCUUCACUAGUGUUGAUCAUUUUAAUUCACUUUUAUUCCGCUUGUAAAGUGUUUUUAACUUGUGUCCAGAAUUUUUUACUUGAGUGUGAGUCGUUGUUUUACCUGCUAUCAAAGCCAUUAUCGCGUCUAAUUAUAUUGAAAUAUUUCUCAUGAUUCCUGUGACGAAAAAUUCCAUUUUUUUAGACUUUUUAAGUGCAAACUAAUCUUGAGCUUUCAUUGUGCUGACUCCCCAACAUUUCAGUCACCAGUGAGCAUGUGUCCAGACAAUCCUGAAUAAAUCUGAAUCAUGACUGUUUUCUCUCUUGAAAAAAAUAAGCGUGUGUGUUUUUGUGUAUCGACAGG